AUGUUGGAUACUAUAAUAACUUGGGUGAAAAAAUAUGAUGAAACUAUUGUUACGUGGUUAUCAGCGCAUCAUUUUACUUCGAACCUUGUAACAACAAGAAUUAGUGUUAUUAUAUCGGAAAUUUUGUUUGCUUCAUUCGUAUUAUUACUUAGUUAUGAAACUGUAUACUGGUCUGGAAUAUAUCUAGGGCUUUGGGAAUAUCACGCCAAAGACAUUUUCACUGAAGUUCCAGUUCAUUGUGCCCAUGUUUAUGUGAGAUUGAAUCUUAUUGACUCAAAGGAUAAUGAGUUUUUGCAACAAUACUAUACUUUAAGGCAAUCUUCACCAUUUAAUGUAUUGAAUUGGACAAAAACAAAUCAAUUGGCCGCUAAUUUAUUCAAAUUACCAAGAUUUAUAAAAUAUCAUUUUGAAAUGAGUCCAGAAGAUUUCGAAAAUAACCCAGAACCAGAAUUUGGCUCCACUAUAGAACAUUUGAGAGGUAAAAUCUUGCAUCUUUUCAAUACCUCUGAUUUUUACCGUGACUUUAGAAAAAAUUCUCAAAGUUUAUCUAAACAUGACGUUAGAAUCUAUAAUAAUAAGAAUAUAGAGGUUAAAGAGGAUCAAGACUUGCAAUAUUUAAGUAAAGUUCACAUUGAAACUGGUAAUGUCAUCGACUCAGUGAUUUGUCUUUGA